AGCUGUUCUGUGCGCGCGCUGCGUGUCCCCCCCCUCUCCCUCCACCCACCCACCAGCUGAGGUGGGGGGCGGGGUGUUUUCAUGCGAGCGCGGGUGGCUGUGAGGGGCCUGGUGCUGUGGGCAGGUGCUAAUGAACUCUCCUUCCCUCCCCCUCCCAGGUGUGUCAGGCCCAGCCAUGGCAGAGGGCCCCACGCACCUGCUGGAGGUUUGUCGCCUGAAGCUCUCCCAGUUCCUGUCUCGUGCCGAGCACAAGCACUUGGCCUGGCUGCGGGAGAUCGAGGAGGAGGCCAUGAAGAUGUUUGAUGGCAACUUAAGUGCUGAACCUGAGCUGAUGCCCAAAACACCAUCGCAGAAAAGACACCGAAGGAAGAAACGCUCUUUAUCUCUUUUGGAUAAGAACAAUGAACUGACCAGAAAAAGGCUGUCAAGAAGGAGAAGCAGCCUCAAGCCAGCAGCCUCUAAGCAAGUUUCCCAAAGACUCCGAAGCAAAGAGGGACUAGAAAAAUGCAGUGAUGUGGAAAAAGAAGCAUUUAUUCCCUGUUGCGUAACAAGAUUCCCCUCCAAGGUUGAAGCAGAGCUUCCUGCUCCAUUGGAGGCAGUGUCUGAGAAACCAGAAGGGCGGGUUCCCUUGGCAGAAAUCAGUGUCAAUGAUCGCUGUGGUGCUGACUUUUAUUUGAAGGGAAAUAGGCCUGAAAUUAUAGACCAGGCUUUGGAGAUCCUCUCCCUGAGCACAGAUGACCAAGCUCCCAAAAAGUCUGAGGUUACUGAACUGCAGCCUGUGUCUGCAGCCUCAGUAUUGUUGAUACCUGACACCCCUGAGGCAAAGGGGAUAGGAGAAGCCCAAGGUGCUCCCAACUUUAGAAGAGCAAAUACAUCUACACCCAAAGUUGCUGUAAGUGGGGAGCCUGGAGCUGAAAAUGUUGUCUCUGCUCAGGGGACAGAAAAGGAGCUUUUCCAGGACAUAAAAGACAGCACUGGGACCUCGACCAGCUCCAAAUCAAGCCGGCCCUCUGCACACCGAAGCCAGAGGCGAAGGUCCCAUAAGCCGCGCAGGGCCUCACUAGCAGAGAAAUAUUCACUUGUCAGCAAAAGAGAGAGCAUGAUCCGGAAAUCUAUCAGCAGGGCUGCCUCUAAGAGGAGAGCAGCUCGGGAGUCCUCUUCAGCCUCCAGUCACGUGAGCUGCCAUAGCUCCCUGGAGGUAUUUGUGGAUGAAGAAGCAACCAACAAUGUCAGGCCUGAACUGGAGCCAAAUGCUGAAUGUGAUGAGGCUCUCAAACACUUUCAGAAAACCUUCAUUCUUCCAAAUGAAGGCAGCCCUGUUGCGGAACAGUCAACUCAGACUGAAGAGCCAAAUCAGGCAGAGCAGCAGCAUUCAGAGAACAAUGCAGAGAACCAUUUGAAAAGGAGUGGCACUCCUCAGAGCUCUGGGAGCAAGGAGCAACCCCAGAACACUCAGCCUCUAGAACAGCCCUCAGGUAUCCGGAGACCGAGUUAUAAACAAGCAGUGGGUGAGCUGUGUAAUGGGCAGCAGCUAGAAGACUGUGACCUCUCCCCUUCAUAUAAGACCAAGACUCUAGCCUCACCCAGCCCUGUCAGCAAGGUUGUGCGUCCAUUCAAACAAUUUCUACAGACGGUGCAGAAGAACCAGCUACUCCUGACACCAGGGCCCACAGGGCACAGUAGUGUCAUGAAAAGCCUUAUCAAACGCAACACUCCUACCCGACCAGAUUCCAAGGAGAAGGAGCGGCAACGGCUGGAGAGCCUGAGAAAGAAGCAGGAGGCCGAGCAACAAAGAAAACAGAAAGUUGAGGAGGAAAAGAGACGGCGCCUUGAGGAGAUGAAAUUGAAACGUGAGGAGCGUCUGAAGAAGGCAUUGCAAGCUCGGGAAAGGGUGGAGCAGAUGGAGGAGGAAAAGAAGAAGCGGAUGGAACAGAAACUCUCUCAAACUGAGGAGAAGAGUGAGAAGGUGCGAGAAGAGAAGGUUGUAGAAGAAAAGAUGAAGAAAAAGAUAAUUAAGAAACCUGGGGAUAUGGAGACCCGAAAACAGAAAGUGCUGAACAUGGAGGACGAUGAACACAAGCAGCAGGAGCUACUUCAGAAGAGGAAAGAGGAUGAACAUCCGGACAAAGGAAGAAAGAUGGCAGAGCAGAAGAAACUGGCAGAGCAGAGACAGGUGGAACAGGCGAAGGAGAGAAAUGACAAACAAGAGAAGAAGUGUCCUCACCUGCAGAUGGAGCUGGCAGUGGUUACAGAGGCAGAAGAAAAUCAGAAGAAGGAGGAACAGAGCCCAGAAGAACACGAACGGCAGCAAUCACAGGAAAAUAAAACCAAGCCACCACAAUCUGUUGCUGCUAUUCCCAGCAAAUGGCUGAAUAUAACAGUGGAGAAAUCUCCCGUCUUGGACUCGUAUCAAGGGCCCUCUUCGGGCCCCAGAGAACCCAGAUUCCCCAAGGUAAAUCCAAAUAACUACGGGCUGGAUCUGAACAGUGAUGACUCCACAGAUGAUGAAAGCCAGCCCCGCAAGCCCAUCCCUCCCUGGGCUACUGGGGCUCAGCUUAAUCAAGCUGUUACCUGCCAAUACUACAACCCUCCAAAUAUUAUUUCACUCUUCGGGCUCAUUGUGAGCCCUAAACUGGAGGACAUUUUCUACAAGUGCAAGCCACGAUAUUUCAAACGCACCAGCUCUGCUGUCUGGCACUCGCCACCCCUUCCUGGUACCAAGUCUACGUUGGGCCUGCCCUACAACCUGAAAAAGUACUGAGGAAGGAGACUGUUCCUCUUCUGUCUACUCCCAUUUCAACUUCGUAAAGAAGAUCUGUGUGUGGGGUUUUUUUUUUAAGUAUUUGCAUAAAAUAAAGUCUGAAAUAAAAUCCCAUUAAAAUAAUUGGGGCCACUUUCUUACUGUCUGGGGUGGGCUUUUGUUGAAACUGUUUCCCUCUGGGGAAGAAGAGAGGCAAACUACAGCAUUGUCCUCUGCUGCACUACAUUUCAUUCUAUCCCUCAUCUCUCUCAUGUAUGUAUGCUGUUGUGUAGCACUUCUCGAAUUCAUUUACCAUCAGACAGUAGUUUUCAAAGUGUCUGUAGAUGGCAGUGCAAAUGUUCUUACUGGACAUCUGACCGCAUUAAAUAAGUGGCUGUCUUCAUGCUCUUUAACUCCAUAGUAUGACUUUUAUAGCACCCUCUAACACUGAUGGUUGGUCUUUGGCCAAAAGUGACUUUUAUUUGUCUGUUUUAUAUGCCUGUAUGGAUCUUAUAGUUUGUUUUUUUUAAUAAAAAUAAAUCAAAUCUCAGAUGCUGCUUUUGU